CCCUGUUUUAUUCUCAUUACGUAUUAAAUAAUAAAUUGGAAUAUUUAUAAAACUUGGAAUUUCCACGAAUUUUCAUUAGUUGGGUAAUGUGAUGUAUUAGAUAAAAUGCCUUGCAAUGUUUUAUGAAUUAUCUCAGACAUGAUCAAUGGAUGGAAAACUGUGGUGUGUGGAAUAUCCGGAGGAGUUGAUAGUGCUGUCGCAGCUAUUUUACUUCGUAAAACAGGUUACAAUGUGUUGGGUCUGUACAUGCGAAACUGGGACAUAGCCGAUGAGAAUGGUUUUUGUGCAGCGGAAACAGACUUCGAAGAUGCUCAGUACACAUGUGAUAAACUGAAGAUACCUCUACAUCAAGUGAAUUUUGUCAAAGAAUAUUGGAAUAAUGUCUUCAGUACUUUCCUACAGGAUUAUCAGCGAGGAUUAACGCCCAACCCAGACAUUCUUUGCAACAAAUAUAUCAAGUUUGAUGCCUUCUUGCAGCAUGCUCUUGGUAAACUUGGCGCCGAUGCCAUAGCAACUGGUCACUAUGCACGUGUUGGUCGGGGCCCUGGAAAUCUCAGAAGAUCUCAACCUGAUCCCCGAGUGAAAUUAUUAAGUUCUGUUGAUUCUGUGAAAGACCAAACAUUUUUCUUGUCACAAAUAUCUCAGGAAUCCUUGCAGAAAUCUCUCUUUCCUAUUGGUAAUCUGCCAAAGAAGGAGGUCAGAGAGAUAGCAUGUUCUCAUGGCUUGGAAAAAAUAGCAAGGAAGAAAGAGAGUAUGGGAAUCUGUUUCAUUGGUUCCAGAAAUUUCUCAUCUUUCAUUAAAGAGUAUGUUGUGCCUUGCCCAGGUAAUUUUGUUGAUGUAGAGACUGGCAAAAUAGUUGGACAGCACCAAGGUAUUCACUUCUGGACCUUGGGACAACGUACCAAUCUUGGCGGCCAUUCUUUGGCCUAUUUUGUUGCAGAAAUUAACCCCAACAAUCAAGAAAUAAUUGUGGCUCCAGGUACCCAUCAUGCAGCAUUAUUUAGAGACUCCUUCAUCGCUGACAAACCGCACUGGAUCCACUCAGAACCAGAAUUUCACGAAGGUGUGGCUACAGUGAGCUUCCGUUUCCAACAUAUCCAUCCGUUAGUGACUUGUCAGAUACACAGGUCUAAUGACAACAAAUACACUGUGACGCUAGAGAAACCACUGCGGGCUAUCUGCCCGGGUCAGUAUGCAGUGUUCUACAAAGACGAAGAGUGUCUGGGCAGUGCAAGAAUUCUAACAGUCAAUCCUUCAUACUGGAGGCAAAAUAAACAAAAUCCCAUUGACCCAACCAAAGACUUCUUGUGACAAAAACCACCAUUAGAUAAGAAAUAAAAUUAUUUUCAUUCAUAAAAUAGCAAUUGUAAUAAAUUCAUUUAUUAGGAAUAUUGAGAAACAAGGGGAAAAAAAUUAUUUGCAAUGAGCACUUUGCUCAGUAAAGAAGUUUUUCUUUUCAUAUAUUAUGAAACUGCUUGCAACAAAUAUUCCUCAGGCUAAAAUCUGAUAAUGUAAUUUGCCAAGUUGACAAUCCCACACAAACGGUGAACAAGUUCCACAUAAACCAUCAACAUUAGAUGCUUUUUCUUUUUUUGUAGAAAAACAUUGAGAGAAAUUAUUUAUAAUAAUAAAUAAUUAGAGGGGUUUUUUUUUUUUAAAUUUCUUUUUUUAAA